GCACGGCUCAGCACGGCUCGGCACGGCAAGGCAGGGCUCGGCAGGCAGCACGGCCCCCGGAGCCGCAGGGAUGGCACCUGUGGGGACCGAGGCGGCCCCGGCCCACUGGUGAGGUGCCCACCACCUGCCCCCCAACCCCCAGCCUGGACCAACGAUGAACAAACUGACCUUCCACAACAACCGAGUCAUGCAGGACCGACGCAGCGUGUGCAUCUUCCUCCCUAAUGACGACUCCCUCAACAUCAUCAUCAACGUGAAGAUUUUGUGCCAUGAGUUACUGGUGCAGGUGUGUGACCUCCUGAGGCUGAAGGACUGUCACCUCUUUGGGCUCAGCGUCAUCCAGAACAAUGAGCACGUGUACAUGGACCUGGCCCAGAAACUCUACAAGUACUGCCCCAAGGAGUGGAAGAAGGAGGCCAGCAAGGUCAGCGGUGAGGUCUUGCAUGGAGAGCUGACGGCAGUAAGGCCACCCCUGUCCCCGUCGCAGGGGAUCGACCAGUUUGGCCCCCCGAUGAUCAUCCACUUCCGAGUGCAGUACUACGUGGAGAACGGCAGGCUCAUCAGCGACCGGACCGCCCGUUACUACUACUACUGGCACCUCCGGAAGCAGGUGCUGCAUUCCCAGUGCGUCCUGCGGGAAGAAGCCUAUUUCCUGCUCACCGCCUUCGCCCUCCAGGCCGACCUGGGGGACUUCAAGCGCAACAAACACUACGGGAAGUACUUCGAGCCCGAGGCCUAUUUCCCUGCCUGGGUGGUUGCCAAGAGGGGCAAGGACUACAUCCUGAAGCAUGUCCCAAACAUGCACAAGGAUCAGUUUGCCCUGACAGCCUCUGAAGCCCAUCUCAAGUACAUCAAGGAGGCCGUGAGGCUGGACGACGUGGCCGUGCACUACUACAGGUUGUACAAGGACAAGAGGGAGGUGGAAGCAUCCCUGACACUGGGGCUGACAACACGGGGCAUCCAGAUCUUCCAGAACUUGGAUGAAGAAAAGCAGCUGCUCUACGACUUCCCCUGGACAAACGUGGGGAAACUGGUGUUUGUGGGGAAGAAGUUUGAGAUCCUGCCGGACGGGCUGCCCUCGGCCAGGAAGCUCAUCUACUACACGGGCUGCCCGCUGCGCUCCCGCCACCUCCUGCAGCUGCUGAGCAGCAGCCACCGGCUCUACAUGAACCUGCAGCCCGUCCUGCGCCAGGUCCGCAAGCUGGAGGAGAACGAGGAGAAGAAGCAGUACCGGGAGUCCUACAUCAGCGACACCCUGGACCUGGACAUGGAGCAGCUGGAGAAGCGCUCGCGGGCCAGCGGCAGCAGCGCCGGCAGCAUCCGCCACAAGCGCCUUUCCCGGCAUUCCACUGCCAGCCACAGCAGCUCCCACACCUCGGGCAUCGAGGCUGACCCCAAACCCAGGGAGAUGGGACCUGAAGAUGGCUUCUCAGGCGCCGGCGCCCACCGCAAGCUGAAGACCUGCAGCUCCAUGACCAGCCACGGCAGCUCCCACACCUCCGGCGUGGAGAGUGGGGGGAAGGACCGGCUGGAGGAGGACUCCCAGGAUGAUGAAAUUGAGAUGCUGGUGGAUGACCCCCGGGAGCUGGAGCAGGCUGGUGAGAUGGAGGUGAGCCCCGACAUGUGUGUCUACAUCACGGAGGACAUGCUGCUGUCACGCAAGUUCAACGGGCACUCGGGGCUUAUUGUGAAGGAGAUCAGCUCCUCCACCUCCAGCUCCUCGGAGACAGUGGUGAAGCUGCGAGGGCAGAGCACUGACUCCUUACCCCAGACAUCGUGCAGGAAACCAAAGACGUCGACGGACCGGCACAGCCUGAGCCUGGAUGACAUCCGGCUCUACCAGAAGGACUUCUUGCAAUUGGCCAACCUCUGCCAGGACACAGCCCAGAGCUACACCUUUGGCUGCGCCCACGGGCUGGAGGAGGACGGGCUCUACUGCAACGGCUGCUUGGCCCAGCAGUGCAUCAACAUCCAGGAGACCUUCCCCGUCAAAAGAACCAGCAAAUACUUCUCGUUGGAUCUCACCCACGAGGAAGUCCCCGAGUUCGUCGUCUGAGCUCCCCGGGGUGGGGGGUGAGGUUGGGGCUCCCUGCCCUGCGUCGGGGGCCGUCACCGUCGCCUUACCCCUGUCCCACAUGCUGAAAAACCAAGGCCGUGGAAACCAUGGCACUGGGAGGAUGGUCCCCACGGUGGGUGGGAUGGAGACCCCCAGCACGGCGGAGUCCCGCUGGUUGUCUCCCAGCGUCCUUUCUUCUCUGGAUGAGUUUGUGCAAAGCACAAGUUGCCUGGUGUCCCGACACGAGUUGGGAGAAGCACCACGCAUUGGAGCUAGCAGAAGCCAACCCGUAUUUUCUCAUUGCCUCGUGGCCAAGUGGCCACUUCUCCUCCUCGCCCCCAUCCUCAGCGCUGCCGGCGGCUCAAGUUUGGUGGCUUGGUGGCAACUGGUGGCUUGGUGGCAACCGACACCAAAGAGAAAGUACCAGACUGUUGUGUUCAAGUCAAGCCAAAGAAAUGUAAAUAAAUACCCUCAAGGCCAGUAUGGGAAAGGGAGAAUUAAGCAAUAAGAAGCCAGGAAUCUCCGGGCAGGGGGAUGUCCCUGGAGGAAGGCACGUCCAGCAGCUGCUGGGGCAGAGCAUCAACCCACCUCUUCCAAAAACACGGCCAGAGCCAUCCCAGCCAGGUGGUUGGAAGCCCUUGGAGCUGUUGGCAGCUUGGUUUUUUUCCUUCUUUUGAGACAAAAACCACCAACAAACCCAAACCAGACCAGACCGAACGAAACAAAAACCCACCCAAGAAAAAGAAAAGCAAAAAAGAACGGGGAAAAAAAAACCCCAACAGAUCACCUGGAAGGAUGUUGCCAUAACACAUCCCAAAGCUUGGAUAUAGAGAGAUGACAUAUAGAAAUAUAUCAAGGUAUGGAUGUUUAUAUAUGUCUGGAUCUUACAGACCCGUUUGCAUUUUCCUUCUGCUCUAAAAAUGCCUUUUAUACAAAGGAUCUGCCUCUCUUCUUUAAGGAACAAUCCCAGGUUUUUUUCCCAGCACGAAGGUGAGAAACCAGACUUUCCUCUGGAGAAGGAGCCGCGUGUCGCCGAGCAGCGAGCGGGGCUGCUCCCGCUCCAGCCUCCCUGCUGUCUCACCAAGGCUUUUCAUGCACCUUCUCCAUCUUCUCACAGUUCGAACAGUCCUGCUAAAGGAUGAGGAUGGUGAUGUGCUAGGACAGAAAGUGGGUGGCUUCAGAGUGUGUCCUCCAACCUGCCCCGGUGUAAUAUUGACCGUCAGGCCCAGGGGGGUGAAGGAUGACAGCAGCAAAUCUUCACAGCACAAAGCCUUGUUUUUUUUUAGUCCAUAUUUUUAAUUAAGAGUUUAGCAAUUGACAGCAAAAGUUUUUUGCCAUGUUUUGAUAGGCCACUUUUUUUUUUCCUUUUUUUUUUUUUUUUAACUGGAAACUUUUCUUAAAAAAAAAACCCAACAAACCACAGCAACAACAAAAAAAAAGUUAUUUUAUAAAUAAGCACAAUCUUAUUUUUCUAAGAAAUGUUGGGGAAGGGAGCGGAGCGAGGGGAGCUGGUACCAAAAGAAAAGGAGUGUUGCUGUUUGGCACGGUGCAAAAAGAAGAAUCAAGGGUUUUAUUGGGGUAGGGGAGAGCAUUGGGUGCUGCUGGGGGGCUGUGCUGUGGGACCUUGGCAUGGGUGCUGUGUCCCCUCCCCCCCACCCCAGUGCUCCAUUUCACCCAGCCUAAGGGAUCUCAUGGAAAAAUCAUGGGAGAAAGACAAAUGCUGGCAGGGCAAGCAGGGGGUGGGUGGCACCAAAAGCUUCCUUAUCUCCCCUAAAGCUGCCCUAGAGGGAUGCUGGGGAGGGGGGUGGAGGGGUUGGGGGUCAGAGCUAUGUGCCCUGCUCUGGUUUUUGGGGGACUGCAGCGAACACCCCACUAACCUCUCAUGUGGACAACCACAUCCCAGGUGGGGAUACCAGGCUGUGCUAGUGGUAACCCCCCCCAGCUGACUUUGUGGUCGUGGGGGGGGGGGGUUCAGUGUGUGUUAGAACUGCAUGGGCUGCUACAGGCAGGAAAAGCCCUUAAAUUUAUCCCCAGGCUCUUAUUUUUUUUUCCCCUGGCACCCUGGUCCAGGUGUGUCCCCCCCUCACCCACUGCUUCACAGAAACACUGAGUUUGAGGGAGGAAAAAAAGGUCAACUGUGUAAAGAAAUACUGAAAGUUGUUCAGAAAGCAUUGGGGAGGAUGGGAGGGGCAGCAAGACCAGGUCCCACCCCCCACCCCAUUAUCCCACAGCUGAACCCAAACUGGAGCAUCCCGGAGUUGGAAUGAUGCCGGGGGCUGCAAUGGGGCUCCUGCUUGGGCAAGUAGGAGCCAAAUGGGGGGGGGGGGGGCACACAGAGGUGCCAUUUAUUUUGCAGGUGGCUGGGAUGGUCAUCCCUGCCUGCCCCUUUUGUGGGCUGCAAUCAUGAGCUGUCUGUCCACACCAUGGAAAAAUCAGGAAAUAAUCCUUUCUGUGAAAGGAUCUCCCCAUCGGAGCGAUGGGAAGAGCCAGUGACUGCCCUGCGGGAGGGGCAAGCCGAGGAGAAGUAGAUGGGGGGAAAAAACCAAAACAAACAUCAACAAAACAACACCCCGCAGUGAAAUGAUUUUUUUGUACCAAUGAAGUUUGUUGUGUGCCUUUUGGGGUACGGCUGGAAAUGACAAUAAAGUGACAGUUGUUUGCA